AUGGUCUGCAGAGAUCUGUUCUUCCUGCAUGAGCGUGCUCGAAAGAUCAACGUUUGGGCCAGCUUCGUCAUCUUGUCGCCGUACUUCGGUCCACUGUUCACAGCGUUCAUCAUCUCAACACAAAAAUGGCAGAUCGCAUUCGCAGUCUACACGGUCAUGACGGCACUUUGUCUAAUCCUGCAGAUCGUGUUUGGUGAAGAGACGUUCUUCAAUCGUAAAUUGCCAGCAUCGGAGCGCCCUCGCAGAACUCCAGGCGUUAGUGGCAAGGUCUCGCGACUGGUUGGAAUUGAGCAGUGGCGAUCUAGGAAGCAGCGCAGCACUCUCGCGCAAGCUGUGGCAAGGCCGUUCCAGGUGCUGGUCAAGCCGACAGUCUUUAUUGCAACAGUCUACUAUCUCCUCACCUUUGCCUGGGUUGUCGGCAUCAACACCACACUGUCCAUCUUCGUGACAGUGCCACCAUACAACUUUGGGCCAAGGAGUAUCGGAUUCUUUUAUUUUACACCUGUCGUCGCGGCUCUGCUUGGAGAAGUCAUUGGUCACUGGCUCCACGAUGCUAUCGCCAAUGCUCUGACCCAUCGCAGCAAGGAGAAGAAGCUGGAGCCGGAAUACAGGCUCAUGGCUAUAUGGAUCAGCACUCCCUUCAUGAUAGCUGGAUUGAUUGUUCUGGGCUUCGCUCUUGAGAGAGGCUGGCAUUACAUGAUAGCUGCGGUCGGAUGGGGUUUGUAUGUGUUAGGGAUCAUGAUAUCGACUGUCGCCAUAACAGCAUACCUUCUAGACAGCUACCCCGAGGGCUCUGGUGAAGUCGCAGCGUGGCUCAACUUUGCUCGAACGACGGGCGGUUUCAUCGUGAGCUACUUCCAAGUCGAAUGGGCGAACAAGAUGGGCACCGAAACGAGUUUUGGCAUCCAGGCAGCGAUUUGCUUUGCGGCGUUCUUGCUCAUCGUCACUCUGCAAAUAUCUGGCAAGAGGUUGAGAGAUCGGGCUGGCCCUUUGCGAUUCAAGACUGACUGA